AUAUUUGUCGCUUCGAAAAAUUUAUCAGAAUUUGACGUUUCAAUUUUACAAAGUCAUAUCAAAAUCCAAGCAAAAUAAACAUAAUUAUCGCUGGAGUGAUUUUAACAGAUUUACUGACAAUUCCGCUACGCAAGCAACAACUUAUACAAAAACAAUAACUAUGAAACAGUUUUAAGCAUAGAUUUUAAAUUUCGUAAAAUAUAUCAAAUGCAUUCGGUCAUUUUCAUAUUUAUACUAUUCAACUGCCAGUUUUUUAUCGCGCAAAGUUUCGACAACAAUCGUCUACAGGAACAGCACAGAAAGAUGAAGCGCAUGUUGCCGCGUUUGUACGCACAGUUCUCGGAGGAUUCUGGUGAACAGCAAGAGGCCAACCGAUCAGAUGGUGAGUGCAAACAAAAUCCCAUGAUGUCGGGGAAUGCCAAGCAAAAAGCCACAAGCAUCGCACAGAAAGCAGCGCAAGAGGCUAAAGCCGCGUCCGAUGCCCAACAGGCGGCAGGCGAGGCUGCGGCACUCCAAGUGAAGUCACAACUCGCCGACAAGGCGAUGCAGGCAGCCAAGGCGGCCGAAGCAGCGCUUGCAGGUAAACAACAAAUCGUCCAGCAACUGCAACAGGAGGUACGCGAAGCUGAGGCAGUGGUGCAGGAGGAAAGUAGUUCCCUACAGAAUGCGCAGCAAAAUGUAAAUGCUGCGGUUAGUUCGGCGCAGCAAGCACAGUCGCAACUAAAGACACUCACGAAAGCGGUGCAGACGGCACAAGCGAACGUCGGUAAUGCCGAACAGGCAGCCACUGGUGCGCAGCAGGAAUUCGCCGAGAAGACGCAGUUGGUGGAGGCUGCUAAAAUGCGUGUGGAACAACUGCUGCGGCAGUUGAGCUCCGCCCGCCAGGACUUCAAUAAGACGAAGGAUGCGGCCAUGAAAGCGGCUGCAGCUGCGCAUGAAGCUAAGGUGAAUGCAUCGCCGACUGGUCGUUGUCGUCGUAUGAUGCGUGUGCCGCGGAAACGUCGGCUUGCUACACCCCCGCAGGCAAAGCAGUGAUGCAUUUUAUUUAUAUACUUACAUACAUAUAUAUAUAUUUGUUGAAAUGUUUAUUUUAGAAUUAGCUUUUGUAAAUCGAUUUGCUUCUAAAGACGUGCAUAUUUUUAUACAUACAUACAUAUGUAUAUACAUACAUAUAUAUAUAUAUAUAUAUAUAUAUAUUUCGAUAUUCCGAAGGAAUAAUAUUUAAGUAU